GCCUGCACCUCUCAGCCAUCGGCCGUUAUCUGAGUCAGUGAGCGUAACCGAGCACUCAACGUCUUGGAUCUUAGUUUCAACUCUUGUUCUUGGAAAUAUGACUUCUUCCAACCCCGACCAGCGCCUGGAGCAUCUCCUCAGCGCCGUGGAGAACGAGUUCCAGAAGGGCAGCGAGAAGGGCGACGCAUCCGAGCGGGAUAUUAAACUGACGCUGGACGAUGCAGACUUGUGGAACAAGUUCAAAGAGUUGACCAACGAGAUGAUUGUCACCAAAACUGGGAGGAGGAUGUUCCCGGUGCUUAGGGCCAGCGUCAGCGGCCUGGACCCAAACGCCAUGUACUCGGUGCUGCUGGAUUUCGUGGCCGCGGACAACAACCGGUGGAAGUACGUUAACGGGGAGUGGGUCCCCGGUGGUAAACCCGAGCCCCAGAGCCCCAGCUGCGUCUACAUCCACCCGGACUCCCCCAACUUCGGCGCGCACUGGAUGAAAGCGCCAGUCUCCUUCAGCAAAGUCAAACUCUCCAACAAACUGAAUGGAGGCGGACAGAUCAUGCUGAAUUCUCUGCACAAGUAUGAGCCUAGGAUACACAUUGUGAAGGUUGGCGGGAUCCAGAAGAUGAUCAGCAGCCAGUCCUUCCCCGAAACGCAGUUCAUCGCCGUCACCGCUUACCAGAACGAAGAGAUCACUGCUCUGAAGAUCAAGCACAAUCCAUUUGCCAAGGCCUUCCUGGACGCCAAAGAGAGGAGCGACCACAAAGACAUCCCCGAUCACAGCGGAGACAGUCAACAGUCUGGAUACUCUCAGCUUGGAGGUUGGUUCCUCCCAGGCCAGAGUCCCAUCUGCCCAAGCAGCAGCCCCCCUCAGUUCAGCAGCACAGCAGCCCACUCCUCUGGCUCCUACUGCGAGCGCUACUCCAGCCUGAGGAGCCACAGAUCCGCCCCGUACCCCAGCCACUACCCGCACCGCACCUCCAGCACAAACAACUACAUGGACAACACCUCCGGUUCUCUGCCGAGUCACGACAGCUGGUCUGCUCUUCAGAUCCCCAACUCCACAGGCAUGGGAACUCUGUCCCACACCACUAACUCCACAUCCAAUUCCAGUCAGUACCCCAGUUUAUGGUCGGUGGCUGGCUCCACCCUCACCCCUUCAGGCUCGGCCUCAGGCUCCAUACCUGGAGGUCUGACCUCCCAGUUCCUGAGGGGCUCAUCCUACACAGGCCUGACCUCCGCGCUGCCCGUCUCCUCGCCUUCUUCCAUGUACGACCCCAGCCUGAGCGAGGUUGGCGUCGGGGAGGCCCAGUUUGAGAGCUCCAUUGCCAGGCUGACCGCGUCUUGGGCGCCUGUGGCUCAGAGCUACUGAGCUGCACAGAAUUCAACUCUGAAGGCGUGGCACUCAUCUCUGAAGGCCUGAGGCUUUAGGGGCAGGACUAAAGACAUAAAUCCACGUCAUGAAGAAGACGUGGAGACAUUAUAAGAUCUACAAGGAUAUGUUUGGCUCCUGUUUGUGGAAAAGCAUAGAUUAUUCAUUCCAGGUCCUCUAUUUAAAACUAUACAAAGUUAAGCUGGAGUCUAUGUUGAUGUGCAAAGACCGAACUUGACAAUCAUCUACUUCCAUGUUGGACAAUAAGCCUUAGAAUAGCUGCAUGGUCAGAACCCUUUCUUUGCUCUUAGUAAUUCCCAACAUGCUUAUUUCACAUUUAUAACAUGUUCAUUAGACCUUUUCACUCUUACUCCUCCACACAACCUGCCCGAAAUCAAAAUAUCACUGACACAAUUUCUGUAAUUAUAAAUGUUAAACAUAUAUGAUUUUUUUUAUUGUUCCGCUAACAUAAAUGUGUAUAUGUGUGUAUAUAGAAUAAAUUAACGUCCAGUUUUUUCCAUGUUAAUGUUGGAAGUUUUAUAUAUAUAAUCAUAUUCAUUCAUCGACCAAAGAAAACAAUUUAAGUGCAAACACAAAAUCUUCAAUCUUGAAUGAAAAGGAGCAGAAGAACAAUCUCAUAUAAUAUGCUCCUCUAUCAUAAGACAUUAAUUAACAAAGCAAAUAAUUCAAUAAAAUCAAAAAAUGAAAUAUCCGCAAGCCAACACAGCCCCUAACAUUAACUCCUAAGUUACAACUCAUUUGAACUUUUCCUUCCUCUGGUUGCAAUACACACGUUCCAAGAUUGGACUGAGAGUAACACGUGCCUUCUGUAUCCUGGCAGGGUUUUUGUCGACAAAAAGACUCCCCCUGCACAAACACAUGUACAUAAGCUAUGUAUUUGUAUUUGAACUCACUGUGAGUUUUAUUUAUGUUGUUU